AUGGCUCAACAUAUCAAUGUCUUAGUAAACUCAGGACAGCAAACACUAUCAGGUGAAUUAGAAAACUCAGGAGAACAGAAAGAAUCAGGUGACUCAGGAGACUCAAACCAGCAGACAGAAGACUUUGGACAACAAUCAGAUGGCUCAGUGUAUUACUGUCUUAGUAGAAUCAGGGCAGUAAGUGAAGCAGGUGUGAAAGUGGUUGUUAAUGAAGGAUUUCACGAAGGCCAGAUCACUAUUAACAAGUCCGAAGCCUUGUCUCUGAGUUGCAAAAUUGAGAACACAGAAGAAGAAGAAUGGCUGGAGUGGUACAGAGAAAAGGUCAAGGUAUCAUUAAAUGCUGAUAACCAGAAGAACAGCAGCCGCUUGUGUGUGUACCCAGUCACUGAGUCCGACAACCAAGUCACCUUCACAUGCUGCCUCAAACGACACCCAGAAAUCAAUGCUUCUGUUGUUCUCAAUGUACAAUUUGCCACAACACUGUCUGGAGAGGAAAAUGUCACUGGUGAAAGGGGCAGAGCAAUAUCCUUUAACUGUGACGUAUGGUCCAACCCUCAGGUAAAGGUGCAUUGGUUUAAAGAUGAAGAAAGCAUCGACCUUAUCAUUGGAAGCUACCAGAUAUAUCAGGAUGCCAAACAGGCUAGGAUGACCAUCCCCAAAGUGAUGGACUCUCACAAGGCUUCAUAUAAGUGUUUGGCUAUAUCAGAGGUUCAUGGCAAUGCCACAAGGAUCUUCCACCUCACUGUAAAAGACAAGACCUACACUGUCACCAUGGAGCCUAUUAUUGCUGCUGUGGUAGUUGGUGUCCUCACUCUCAUCCUGGGAAUAAUUUCCAGAAGAGAGCGGAUUAUGGCUAUGUUCUGCAAGUGCAAUGAGGUCCCACUGAGUAACCAGUAGUCAACUAUGUUUGGGAAAAGUGAUACAGGGGUUGAUGGUAUUGAAAGGGAUCUGGACCACAAUACCACUGAAAUGGAUACAUGUGAAGAACAUUUGUGCUUAAGACCAGCCAGACAAAAAAAACACUGGGGACGAUUCUUGGUUCUAUGCAUCUUCUUCUGUCCAGAGGGAUCAAAUUUACUCAGCACUGCUGAGUGCUCCACUGUGUUACUCAAGGGCAUUCUAUGAAGCAAACUGGCACGCGUGAGAACUGCUGUUGGGUCACAAAAUGAAUUAAUACAAAAUUAAUUUAAUUAAAUAA